AUGUCGAGUAUACAAUUAAGAGCUAUCACCUCAUGUCGGCCAGCUGAUGAUCAUGGUGGCAUGUUCCGUGACAUGCUCGACCUUCCCUCAACUUCUACCACCGGCCCUUCCACCAUCGCGGCAGAUCCCCCGGCUCGCAAACGCCUCCGGAGCGGUACUGCGGCUGAAGGUCAGGCGAUCCCCGCUCCGGUCGCGGAAAUCCACAACUACCCCUCCACUAUCGCCCUGCCUGCUUCAUCCCCAAUCGUCGGGCUGAUCGCCGAUCUUAUUCAGCAUCGGGAUCUCCCAUCGGUUCACGAGAUCUCGUCAGGGGUCGCACUCGCAGACGGUCAUCAGUCGUCCGAUAUACAAUGCUUCGAGGCGAUUUCUAAGUUGUGCUCCUUUCUCGACCUCCCAACGCCCAUGCGACGCCGGGUCAUCGACCGCUUCAUACGCACGGCCAUGCGUCACCUCGGCGGGGUUUUCCCCGGUGUUGACUCGUUCGCUCCAAUCCUCACCGAGGGCGGACAGCCCAAACGGCACAAUCGACCCACCAUCAAGGAUUUUGAGGCCCAGAUGGAGCGUGAUGCGCCGACCGGAUGGCUCCAGGCAUUCCAGAAUGCACAGGAAGAGAGCUGCAAGUGGGACGAGAAACUCGUCACCGGGGACGAGCAUCGAGAUCAGAAUGUUCUGGGGCCGCGUCUCAUGCAAUUUCCGGUUGUCCGGCAAGCAAUGAUGGCGAUAUGGCGCGUCGGACUAUAUCUGAAUCCAUACGAAUACUAUAGAUAG